AUGUCCGUCUCGACAGUCCAGAGGAGGGAACCGCCCUAUCGGCCCUUUCAAUGUGUCAUCUGCCAGGCACGAUUCAGUCGAGGCGAGAACCUCAAACGUCAUGCCGCCGUACAUACUCGGUCCCAAGACAAAGCGUCGCUUGCUUGUCCACUGUGCCCAGUGACCUUUUCACGCGCCGAUCUGCGAAACCGCCAUAUGAAGAGGAAACACCCGGAGCAAGAAGAUCAAGGACAAAAUUCAAAGCGGGCACGGCGUCCGAGCGCCAGUCACGACAACCAGAGAUGGACUGAGCGAGCCGACGGUGCAGGCUCCUUGUCACCUACAGAGAGCGAAAUAGCAGGAUUGUACUAUUCGCAAUCAGGAGGCCAUGAAACUAUACACUCGCCCGGUGACCCGCAUGCCAUUGACAGAAUUGUCCAAAGUGCGAAUAACCUAGAGCGGAAUCUACUUUUAGAAACCUCUCUCUUCAGCAACUCCCAACAAUUGCAUGACCCUCGUUUUGAAGCGACCACAGCAACGCGAGCCGAAUUCCGGGAACCCUCUUUUUCCAAUCUCGACAUCCCUCCUGGCAUCCCCGGUGCGAUGUUGGUGACUGGCUUGACUCCACCCCAAGAGGAAACCAUCUUAUCGUCAUUUCAAGUGACUCGAGGCUGCGACCUGUUCUUUACACACGUCUCGCCUUUCCUCCCCUUUAUACACCAAUCAACAUUUGAUGUCACUCAAGCAGCGCCUGAGUUGAUCCUCGGUAUGCUUUCGCUUGGAUAUCAAUACGGUGAAGAUCCCGAUUUAGGUGACAAAGAAGGUUCCGGCGCCAGCCUGUCCAAGCGCUGCUUCCAUCAAGCUCGAACCAUGAUUGCCUCAGUGGAAGCAAACACGGAAGACUUUGCCUACAACUUGGUUAUUGUUCAGUCCUACCUGGUUCUCCAGAUCUGUGCCCUGAUGUAUCUUUGUGGUGCAGAUUCAGCAUAUGGACUUAAGAUGCAUUCCAACAUGAUCUCUCUGGCCCGUGCUGCUGGAAUCAUGCAGCCUAGACCAAUUGAGUCUUCUACGGCUACAGAUUUGGACUCAUUGUGGCGAGAAUUCAUCCGAGCCGAAUCCCAUAAGCGAACAGUCUUUGCCGUCCAUCAAAUCGACGCACUCUGGUAUCAGAUUCUAUCAAUCCCUCGCUCUAUCUCUCAUCUGGAGAUUAAACAUGACUUGCCAUGUCCAAAAGGACAGUGGUCGGCCUCUUCCUCCGCCGAAUGGGCCCAUAAGCGUCUGGUAGCCAAUAACUCUGGCGCUCCAGUACAAUACGCGGAUGCGGUCCGACACUUUUUGUCUCCCGAUUCGGAUCUGACCUCACUCCCUGCCUUCGAUCCUUACGGCGCAAUUAAUGUUGCGCAAUUCCUGAUCUCCAGCGCCCGUGAAAUAUCAGGCUGGUCCACAAUGACCGGCAUGCUAAGUAUGGAGAGGUUUGGAUGCUUGAAGAACUCGCUCCUCACCCUCCUGCCCUUCAUACAUCCCCAAGCCGAGGCCUCGCAAUCAACACAUGCGGCGAUGUGUAUGGCUACGUGGCAGACAGCUAUGCUUGAACUACAGAUGUGGUCGCCGGCACAUACCGGAGGUAUAGUUGGGGGGACGAUGGACGCCAUGUUGAGUCAAUCAACUGCUCUGGCCCCUACAUAUGACUUUCCGUGUGAUGUUGACACUGCAAAAGCUAUCGAGCCACAUGUCGAAUGGUUCCUGCAGUACCUGGAUGAAACUCUCAUCCCAGACUCUGAAGCUCCGUGGAUCACAAUAUACGCGUUUAAGGCAUUCCUGAUUGCCUGGCAACUUGUUCGCGGCGGUGUCGCAGGCGCGAUGCAAAUCGUUGGUGUUGCCGAUGGAGACAUCUUCGGAGCUAUAGCUUGGGCGAGAAAGGUGUUUGAACGCAGAAGUCGGUGGAGGCUUGGCGAGCUGAUUCUUUCAUGUUUGGACGACCUUGAAGAUCAUAAUGGCAACUGA